AUGCCCGUCUCCGCGGCUGGGCCAGCGGACGAGCUCGAGGCGGGGCCGGCGCGCGCUGGCCCGCAGGAGCAGGAUGUGGCAUGCCCUGACGUCGUUUUUUUCUGCCACCGUAUCGCCGUACGGCGUGGAGUGCUCCGUCACGCUGCCGCGGCACCCGCUUCCGGGCCCAGGCUUCGAGCAGCGCAUCGUCCCCGCCCCAGACGGCCGCGGCCUCGCGCUCGCGUGGCAGGAUGGCGACUCCAUCCUCCUGCAAUGGUUUACCAAGAGCUGUGCUCCGAGCGGUGCCACCUUCGAGGUGAACAGGUCCCAAGAGUUCUGGGGUCAGCCCGCCUCCAGCGGCCUCAACGACGCG